AUGGCCACCAACGACAUUACCAAGCAGCGUCUAUUGCGCCUCAGCAUCUUCCACUACAAGUCUGAGAAUAAGACUGAGGAAGAGGCACAUAACUAUGUCGCCGAUGUGGCAGCUAAGGCUGCUCAUAUUCAUGCCAAACAUGGAAUGCACUCUUACAUCCAGUACCACGCUCCCUCCGCUUUCCAAGAAGUGAUUCAGAACAUGAACAUCCAGAACAAACGAGGCUGGACUAUCGAUGACCACGAUUUUGCUGUCGAGUUCUACUUCCGUACCUUUGAGGAGGUUACUAAGGUCACUUUGGACCCUGAUUUCCAGGCUAUGCAGCAGGAGGAGGAGCCCUGGGUGUCGAAACACCACAUUGUGACUAGCUUAGGAUGGGUGGAGACUUUCGUACAGGAUGGUAAGGUCGUUAAUAUUCAGGAUGGAAAAUCGACCUUCCCUCAAUUCGCGGCUAUGACUGAUUUGUCAAGUCUGACCGGUGGUGGCGCACAGCAAUAG